UGCACAAUCGCAAAGUCUGACUAAACUAAUAUAAUAAAAACAAACAAACUAGCUAACCAGAGGCCAGUGCGAAGUAAAAAAAAAAAACAAAAUAAGAAGUGAAACAAAACAAAAUACAAAAUACAUGGAUCGUGGUGUGGAUCCUGAACCAUCGAACAGAAUGGAGACAUCGGCGACGACGACGCCGACGCCGGACUUGAACAGAGCGGAUGCGUCCCGCAAAAGCGUUCGCCUCUAUGCGGCACGCAAGGGAGUGGCGCCGGCUCCGCCCAAAUUGGCGCUGGCCACGAGCAACAACAAUAGCAAUAGUAAAAAUAAGAACAACAAUAGUGAUAGCGAAAACUUGCCCGAUUACAGUGCACAGCUUGCCGGUACGGCGACUGCAAAGGAACUCGAUCUCAGCGAUGCACAGCAUGUGGACUAUGAUGCAAUCGUGGAACUGCGCAGACCGGGCGAUAUAGCUGUAGCCCCGCCACGGGUCGCAGUCUCGGCGAUUCCUGCUUUUCAAUUGCCAAACAAGAGCCGGCAAAAGGCUGCGCCACGAGUGCAGAUGUCUGCCGAAGAUGAUGUGGGCGUGGCUUUCGCUUUGGGCUCCAUUGAGCAGCACAUUCUGAAUGUCGAAGAGAGUUUUAAGCAGCAGCAACUCAGUGAGAAUCAGCAGCAGCAGCAGCAGCAACAGUCCCAGUCUUCCAUGGAUGUCAUGAAAAUGGAUAUAAUGCGCAAACAAAGUAAGCGUUACGGCGAGACGGAAAACCUGCUCCGGCCGGGCAUCAGCGACAUGUCCUCCGAGAACGACUUUCAGUACCUGGGCGGGCGGCGCUCCCAGCUGGACGAUAGCAAUGAGCAAAUGCUAACGGAAUUUCAAAGAGGCAGCGAUGGACGCAACUCAAUUGGCGCCUACUCGAAGAACUCGGCCGCUGCGGCCGGCGGCCCCUCGGGAGCGCUGAAGGCUAAGCUUGCCCGGACUGCCUCGGAUACGAAGAAUACGGAUACGGUGCUGGCGAUGCGCGCAACUUUGAAACAGAAGCAACAGCAUCACGAUGUCAAGCAGCAGCAGGCUGAGAGCAGAUGGCGACCGACCACGACGACAGCUCCGACGCCAGCAGCAAGAUCCACAGCGAGCCGGGGCAACAGCAGCUCCAGCGUUGUGGACGGAGGGUCCUCAUCAAAGCUGACUGCCACCACGAUAUCGGCAUCGAAGCGACGCGAGGAGAAUCUACGCCAGUUCGAAGCGCUGCUGGCUCAAAAGUCCUCGCAGCCGCAUCGACAUGCAGCGGCUGCUGCAGCAACUGGAUCUAGCGCCGGGUCUCACGCGACAUCCGGUGGCAGCACGAGCUCAUCAAAGCGGCGCUCCGAGCGUCCCAUUGUGGCGCCUAUACCGCCCUACAACUCAAGUCGUCCACCUGUCGAGCCAAGAUCCGCAGCAUCGGGGCCCGGACACCAACGAGCUGCUCCCAACGCGGCUGUGACACGUACCAAUGUAUACAGCAACAAUGUUGCUCAGGGAUCCCCGAAUCUGCAGAUGCGCAGCAGUGCUCCGAUGCGAUGGCGCGCCACUGAGGAGCAUAUCGGCAAAUACAAGCUCAUCAAGACGAUCGGAAAGGGAAACUUUGCCAAAGUAAAACUGGCAAAGCAUCUACCCACUGGCAAGGAAGUAGCAAUAAAGAUAAUUGACAAAACCCAAUUGAAUCCUGGGUCACUUCAGAAACUAUUUAGAGAGGUUAGGAUAAUGAAAAUGCUUGAUCACCCCAACAUAGUUAAACUUUUUCAAGUUAUCGAAACGGAAAAAACGUUGUAUCUCAUCAUGGAAUAUGCAUCGGGGGGUGAGGUGUUCGACUAUUUGGUACUACACGGACGCAUGAAAGAGAAGGAGGCGCGGGUCAAAUUUCGUCAAAUCGUAUCGGCUGUGCAAUACUGUCAUCAGAAGAGGAUCAUACACAGGGACUUAAAAGCUGAAAACUUAUUACUCGACAGCGAGUUGAAUAUUAAAAUAGCUGAUUUUGGUUUUUCGAACGAGUUUACGCCUGGCUCAAAGUUAGAUACCUUCUGCGGCAGCCCACCCUACGCAGCACCCGAGCUCUUCCAGGGCAAAAAAUACGAUGGACCCGAAGUGGAUGUCUGGUCGCUGGGUGUUAUUUUGUAUACGUUAGUGAGCGGAUCCCUGCCUUUCGACGGUUCCACUUUGAGGGAGCUACGUGAACGUGUACUCAGAGGCAAAUAUAGAAUUCCAUUCUAUAUGUCGACUGAUUGCGAAAAUUUGCUGCGCAAGUUUCUAGUACUGAAUCCUGCAAAACGUGCUAGUCUUGAAACAAUCAUGGGUGACAAGUGGAUGAAUAUGGGGUUUGAGGACGACGAGCUCAAGCCCUAUAUAGAGCCAAAACAAGAUUUAGCCGAUCCCAAGCGGAUAGGUAAGACGGAAGCUCUAGUCGCGAUGGGCUACAAUCGACAAGAAAUCGAAGCGUCGCUGGCUCAGGUGCGAUAUGAUGACGUGUUCGCCACAUAUUUGUUGCUGGGCCGCAAGAGCACUGAUCCUGAAAGUGACGGGUCGCGAUCCGGAUCAUCGCUCUCGCUGCGCAACAUUUCUGGUAACGAGGCUGGCGUCAAUGCUGGCAAUGCGGUUGUGCAAAGUCCCACGCAUCGUGGCGUUCACAGAAGUAUAUCGGCGUCGAGUACCAAGCCCAGUCGUCGAGCUUCGUCCGGUGCGGAAACGUUACGUGUUGGACCCCCAAACGCCACUACGACCGUGACAGCUGCUGCAAUUGGCGUGGCACCUGUCAACCCGAGCAAUAACUAUAAUGCUGUAGGAUCAGCCGCCGAUCGUGCAUCAGUUGGUAGCAAUUUUAAACGUCAGAAUACGAUUGACUCAGCAACAAUUAAGGAGAAUACGGCAAGACUGGCCGCACAGAAUCAGAGGCCAGCGUCAGCCACACAGAAGAUGCUCACCACAACAGACACAUCGCUGAACAGUCCAGCUAAGCCGCGCACAACUGCUAAGUAUGAUCCCACUAAUGGAAAUCGGACAGUGAGCGGCACGAGCGGCAUCAUACCACGCCGCUCCACCACGCUGUAUGAAAAGACUUCAUCGACGGAGAAAACAAAUGUUAUUCCUGCAGAGACAAACAGUGGAUCUGCAGCUACCGCUGGAAAGGGCCAUACUAAAAGCGCGUCUAUUUCAAGCCCUAGGCCAUCCACUGACGGAUGCAUAUCAGUAUCAAUUGACCCCCUUGGAUCGAGGGCCAGAAACAACACCGCGCUGGAAUACUCUGGUACAAGUGGCGCCUCCGGUGACUCGCCGCAUCCGGGUCGGAUGAGCUUUUUUUCGAAACUUUCCUCCCGUUUUAGCAAACGUACAUCUACCACGGAAGAGGCGGCCAAGCCAAGAGUUUUGCGAUUUACAUGGUCCAUGAAGACCACAUCCCCGCUGAUGCCCGAUCAAAUAAUGCAGAAGAUAAGGGAAGUGCUGGAUCAAAACAAUUGCGAUUACGAACAACGCGAAAGGUUUGUGCUUUGGUGUGUGCACGGCGAUCCGAACACAGAUUCGUUGGUCCAAUGGGAGAUUGAGGUGUGCAAGUUGCCGCGACUCUCAUUGAACGGGGUGCGCUUUAAACGCAUUUCUGGUACAAGCAUUGGCUUCAAAAACAUUGCGUCUCGCAUUGCUUUUGACCUCCGUCUGUGACUUAAUAAAACGACUAACGAAAGCUGUACAGCCGCCACCACCAGUACCAGCACCACCACCACCAUCACCACCGAUAGCGACACAACAAAACCAACCACCUCCACUGCCAGAUACCAGAUGGCCAGCGGCAGUAGCAAGCUGUCUGGGCAAUCGAUGCUGCGUCGCUCGGUCAGCAGUCACCAGAGAUCGAAUCGGUUCAAGCUAAGUCGAUUGCCCGGCAUCAGGCAUGAUGGACACAAGAAGACGGGCGUGCUGUCCUCGGCUUUUCAGAUUUACUUGCCCUUCAGAUCGAAGGAUACUUUGAAAUCCCAAGUCAAAUUUGACGCGUCUCGCUCAAUCGGUUAUGAAAAGCAGACUGAAGAGCAUCCACAGCUGGAACCAAUAAAUGUUAUGUUGCCGGAGAACGCCGAUUGUAUAAUGCCCAGUAACUCAAUUGAAUCUCAAGGGCUAAGCCAAAACAAGGAUGCAGCAGCUGGCGGUGGUGGUGACAACGAUCGGAAUAUUGAUCUGCAAAAACUGCCUGGUGGCAGUGAGCUGAAAGCAAGGGGAAGCAGCAGCAGCAGCAGCGGCAGUCGCAGAGGAAACCGAUUUAAAAGGAACAUCAAGAAUACCGGAAGUCUAAUUGUGCGCAAAUUGACUGCCUCCCGUUACGGGGGCGACACAGGCAAGGCAGGCGGCGGGCCAACAUCAAAGCACUCGGACGAGCAGAAUGUUAUAAAUAACGAUAAGCCAAACAACACCAAACAGAAAGUAGCAAUGUUACGCACCACAACUCUCUAAGUACAUGGAUAUAUAGAAUACAUCAAGAAGGAACAGGAUCCGGGCUCUUGUGGCAGCGCAUGUAUUUGUCUCCAAUCAUAGUAUGACACUAGCAUAGAAUCUCAAGUAAAAGUUAAUGUUUUACAUUUAUUCAUUGAUCUAUCGCGUAUUGAAUAUCUUAUACUUAUAAUAACAGCCGAGCAGACAAAAAUUACCCACAACUUAAGUACAUAAGCACCAACACAUGCAUACAUAUGUCAUAUGUACACCUAUAUAUUGAUAUCGUUAAUUGCUAGACAGCGUAGGUGAGAGCCACACCGUUUUAAUUCAAUAAAAUGAAGAAAAACAAAAACAAAAAAAAAUAUAUAUAUAACAUAAAAAAUCAACGCUAUAGAACGCAUUUUUUACCCCGUGGAUUUAAAGUACACAUUAAAGAGGCAUAAUACUAAAUUUUGUUGUUAAUUAAUUUAGGUUUAUGUUUGGCUUUUUUCGUUCGUUUCGUUUCGUAAAAUAACACAGAAAUAAACCAAAAUAAAUGAAACAACAAAUUGAUUGACAGUUGUUAUAUGAACUCAUAUUUCUUACGUCGGCUAUAAAAUCUAUUUUAAAUUAUAAAUGCGUUUGUAGCAGAUGAGCUUAUUUCCUUAAAUGAGUUAAAGCCCAAGCUGCAAGUUACACAAAGCGAAGCUGCAAACAUAAAAUUUUUAAAAUUGUAUAUUGUAUUUAUAUAAUUAUA